AUAGAGUGGCGAUCUGGCUCCCUCCAGCCGUUUCACUUCCCGUUUUGUUUUUUUUCUCUGGCUGGGCUGCUGCAGUCGCUGUGAAGCUUGACAGCUCUUCGCCUCCGCUCCUCGUCAGCUUAUCACUCCACCACAGGACGAGGGACUGCAUUUACCUUCAAAAUGGCCCCCCAGUGGCUGAGCUGCAGUACCGCAGCCUUGCUGCUCUUGGCGCAUGUUGCCCCGGUCGUUGCGCAGAAGUCCUGCAACGGGGGGACCCCAGGGAUUCCUGGGAUACCAGGCACCCACGGGCCCAACGGCAACAACGGUCCCAAAGGAGAAAGGGGAGACCCUGGUGAGUCAGGCCACCCUGUCAGGGGCCAGAAGGGAGCGCCAGGUCUGCAGGGCCCACCGGGACGGCCGGGGAUGAAGGGGGACGUGGGUCUGCCGGGGCCCUCCGGAUCUCCAGGCCAGCCGGGGGGGAAGGGAAGACCCUUCAACCCUUCCAACCAGGAUAGAUACUACUUCUCCCAAAAACGGCUGCUUUCACAAACACCAGAGAUUGACACCACCAUCAACUUCAACAGUGACAUUUUGCCGGACCUGGAUCAGCAGUUUCAAGGAGAUUCGCUGAAAAACGGGACGUUCACAUGUGUCGUCAAAGGCGUCUAUUUCUUCAGUUACCACAUGUCAGCAAAGAGCAGGGUGUGUCUGAAGCUGUUGAAGGGCAGCGACACUCACAUGACGCUGUGCGACAUGUCUGACGGUUUUCUGGUAACCUCCGGCUCGGCGGUCCUGGAGCUGGAGGUCGGAGACACGGUGUCGCUCCAGGCAACCAGGUACAACAACAUCGUGACGAGCCAGGGCAGCACCAGCCACACUUUCACCGGCUUCCUGAUCUUCUCCACCGCCUAGAGUCGCAGCCUCUGAUCCACUCGGGCAGAGUUGAUAGAAAAAUCACAGACUUUUGGCCACAUUUACAGCAAUGAAAUGAAGUGUGUGUUUUCUGUAGUACUACAAAGACCAGCAGAAUUAAUAAAGGUUGGCUCAGCAGUGGCGCGUUGCAUGUUUUAGCCCAUUACAGUCAGUACGAAUCAUAUGUACUUUAAUUUACCGAUGUGCAUUUUCCAAAAGCAUAACAUUUUCAGUUGAAUUCAUCACAAGGUGUGUUCAGUUGUUUUCAGUGCAUUUCAAAGGUACAAUCUGUAAAUCCAGAUAUAAACUAAUCGCCCCACCUUCAAAAAAAUGAAAGCUCAAGACCGAACCCUGCUAUUUCUUCCAUACUGACUCACAUACAUUUCAUACAGUGUAACACUUUAACAUUAAACAACCAAAUCUACAUUAGUAAUGUUUCCUGAGACUGUUAAGUGUGUGUUUCAUUCAGUUAUGAGCGCUCGAGAAACACACUUCGUUUAAAACUCUCGUAUCAUGUAUCCUCAAUAAACUUCAAGUUUCUAUCGUCUGGA